UUCAGCAUACAGAAAGUUCAACAAAAUUGAAAAAUGUCAUACUGUGAUGACAGCGUUUUUUUAAAAAACCAUGUGCCAAAGCAAACUAGGGGAACAGGGAGAAACAGUUUUGAUAAAGCUAAAAUGUUUGGGAGCCGGUUAAUUCGUUUAUCUGAUAGUUCCGAUAAUUAUCAAUAUGACUACGACUACCUCCAAAUGGAAUUCGCUGGAAUGGAUGCUGAAACAGGAUAUCAAAAUGCAUUUUUGUUUCCAACCACAUCCCCAAUGGCUCUUGAAGAUAAUAGAUUUAAUGAUAAAGGUAUAAUUAAAGGAAUUGCGCCUGAAAAACGAAUAGAACAAUAUAUGAAAAGCUUCUCAUUACAUGGUCUUACUAAGAUUUUUGUGGCUCGUUCAAGAUUCGAAUCAUUGUUUUGGCUGAUUGCGUUGUUAGGGGGCAUCUCUUUGUCUAUGUAUGUCAGCGUUAAUCUGGUAAUAAAAUAUUUAAAUUACGAAGUUUACACUGACGCAAAGUUAGAAAUUACCGAUAAAAACUAUUUUCCAGCGGUCACAAUUUGUGAAAGAGAUCUUCUCCAGUCUUUUUAUUUUUCUUACUGUGGGCUAACCUCCGAUAAUCAAAGCAGUUUUAUACCUUGCCAAAAUCAAAAAAAAAUUCAUAUUACAACAGAUAAUAAAACAUGGUGGUCGAAUGGACUGUUUAAUGUAACUCUGUGUACAACAUGGGGUGCAAAACAGUGCGUUAAAAAUGAUUUCUUUUUGUCGCUAAGUCAGUACAAUCAUGCUUGCAUCCGAUGGAAUUAUAACGGAGAUUUAUAUGAUAUGUAUAGCCAUGUAGAUAUAGAGUUUACAUGUAUAAGUGAUAUAGAUCAACCACCACCAAAUAUAAUUUUAAUAUCUCACGACCCCCUUGUCUCAGAAAUAGACUUUACAAAUGCAAUUUCUCUUGAAGCCAAACAAUAUAGUAUAAAUAUGGAAAAAACAAUAAUAGAGUUGCUUCCCUCUCCAUUUCCAUCUAAAUGCAAAGAUGACAAAGACAACGAUAUGUUUCCAGGAAAAUACACACGCAGAAGUUGCUUAGAAACACAAAACUACAUUGGUAUGUUUAAAGAAUGUGGAGAUAUAUUUGAUUACAUGAAACAGUAUAUACCAAAAGGAAUUUUGCUAAAAUACAAGAAAAACGACACCAAGUCUAACUUUUUUAACUGUAUGUAUUCGUACAGUAUGCGAGAAGCAAAGUCGUCGUCAGUGCUCUGUCCAUUUCCUUGUUCAGAAACUCAAAUAAGUAUGGUUGUUUCUUCUCGAAAUUAUUUUAAAAAUGAUCAACGAAGAGAUUCAAAAAUAUAUUCUAUAGGAAUUCAAUACAGUUUGGUGGAUUCUUACAGAGUAGUUAAAGAAAAACAAUUAUACUACAUACACCAGUUAGCGUGCGAAAUUGGUGGCUUGAUUGGCUUAAUGGUCGGUUUUUCUUUAAUAUCAGCAAUUGAAAUAGUGACCUGCUCAGUUUUAUGGCUGAUUUGUAAAAUUCGAAAAUUAAAUAAAUUUUAAAAUUAGAAAAAAUGUUUCGUACAAUUCAUUUUAACUAAAUAGACAACUUCCAUUUUUUAUUUUUAUUAAUCAAUACACAUUAUUACAUUAGCUAAAAAUUAAAAAUAUAAAUUUU